UAACUUUAGACGGCACAACCAUUAUUUGUUGGAGCUUAGUGAAAACCCUAACUGAGAGCUUGCUCUCCGUGGAUUAGUCAUGUUCCAUUGAUUAGGGAUACCACGUAAAUCUCGUGUCCGUUAUUUCCGUGUUUUACUUAUUUUCAUGGUAUCAGAGCUGUGAUCUAUUCUUGAGAUCAUGACUGAAGACGAGGAGACCUCAGGCGGUAAAGGAAUUGCGGUUGAUUCUGAGAUCAUUCUGCAUCACUCGCCGUUUUAUUUGCAUCCCUCGGAAAACCCCGACCAGCUGUUUGGUAGUGAUCUACUCUCUGAUUUGAACUAUGGGGAGUGGGUCAACGAUAUGACCGAGACGCUUAUUGCGAAGAAAAAUAUGAACUUUAUUGAUGGUUCACUACCCCGAUCUGCCGCGGAUACUAGGGCCAAGUAGGACGCUUGGGACCAAUGCGCCGCGAUGGUAAAAGGGUGGCUGAAGACAGCUAUGACCAAGGAGGUUUGAAACUGUGUGUGCACGUCCAAGAUGGCGCACGAAAUAUGGAUGGACCUCAGACAACGCUUUGGGGCCAGCUCGGUGAUGAGAGUAUAUGAGCUCCGCCGUCAGAUCGUAUCUCUUCGGCAAGAAAAAUCCUCGAUUUCGGGGUUCAUGAGUUACAAUCGGUUAGUAUAAAUCCUCGUUGCAGCUGUGGGAAUUGUACUUGUGAUGUUGGGAAGCAGCUACGUGAACAGCAGGAGGCCGAGAGGCUCAAUGAUUUCCUUCUUGGUUUGGAUGACAAUUUCGCGGUAGUUUGUAGCCAAUUCUAACCGUUCGGCCCACUCCCACUUUGGUCGAAGCGUAUCAACAAGUAGAGGCUGAAGAACAGCAGCGCCAAAUCACUGCUGGUCGUCGUCCAACUAUCGAGGCUGCCACCUUCUAGGUACGCAACGAGAAGGAUCACGAAUCCGAGGAGCGUGUGUGUUGCACCAACUGCAAUAAACUCGGGAAUCUAAAGGAGCAGUGUUUCCGACUUAUUGGCUAUCCGCCUGACUUUGGGAAAAAUAGACCCAACGGAGGAAAGAAAUAGAAGGUUGAACGUGUGUGUGAAUUUUCACUAUAUGUUGGAUCUAAGUACAAUAUGUUAUUUGGUGAAAUAUUAUAUAUUAUAACUCAUUUGUUAGAUGAGAUUUGAUAUAAUUUAUGAGGAUAAGUACAAUAUAGUAACUAUUUCCAUAUUUCCGGGCUAGACGUGGCAAUCUGGUCAGGUUAGUAAUUUCGGGUUGAGAACUUUGGUUACGACUCGGGUCAUGUUUGGUUGGCUUAUUUCGGGUCAAAUAUUGACCCAACCCAUUCGGUUUCGGGUCGGGUUACAGGUAAUUUCGGGUUAUGAGCGUUCUCAGAAACAAUAUCAAACAUGCUUUAUAUUUUCUUAAAGAACACAAUUUUCACAUAUGCAUGACAAUUAGUUUACCUAACACAUGUCAGUUAACAUAUUCUCAAAUCCUCCCACACUAAUGAAAUGAAAUAGAAAUUGAGCAAAUCGUCAAAAAACAAUCACAAGAGUAAUACUACUACAAGAAACACAUGAUAUUUGAUUAUCCUUAAACUUCAAACAUGUCAUUCAAAUCCUUGUGAUUUUUUAAAACAUCUCACCAAUUUAUGAGUGAUUUUAUCAUAUUUUGUGAGUAAUAUAUUAAAUGGAAUGGGUCUAACGGGUCGACCCGCUAACCCACCCAACUCGACCCAAAAAAUCACGGGUUAUCGGGUUCGCGUCAUUCGGAUUUCGGGUUACAAAAAUUUCUAGUUUUCGGGCGAUUUUCGGGUCGGGUUGUAAUUUGUCAGGUUUAUUCCGGGCUAAAACAGAUGACCCAUUAACCAUUGACCUACUAACUCAAUCGGGUACAGAUCAACCCGCGGGUUGACAACCUUGGUUGCUGCCUAAUGAGUUUCAGUCUUUCAGUUUUGUGUUGUCUUUUUUUUUUUUAAUGUUUCCUUUGACUUUUAAUUUAAUAGGCGGCCACCCAUAAAAUAAUAAUAUUAUUUUUAUUAUCUUACCUUGAUGUAUAUAAAUAAUUACGUCAUUUCCAUUCCAUGGUACAUUCCAAUUUCAAAUGCAUAAUAAUUAAACUAAAAAAAAUAUAAAGAAAUACUAGCCCGAAAUAAAACAAAAAUACACGUAAAAGAAUAAUAUAAAUAUCCAGAUUAUGAAAGAAAAACACUCGUCUUUCAGCAGAUCGUGAAUUUUCCUUUCAUAUAGCCUUUUUUUGUGCAACUGUCUUCGUUGAUAAAUCAUUUCAAUUAAUUUUAGCGUUAACU